UCCUCUACUCGUCCCCGCAUCGGCUGCAAAGCCUACCGCACUGAUGGCAGCAGGACCUUCGCCGACUGGGAAUCGUCCCGUGAUAGUAACCGGAUAUGUAUCCCGUACGAAGCCGCCCGACCUGGGCGCCGCAUCCUCGGAGGCUGGUAUAGCUCGGCUACGCGGCGCAGAGAAUCUCGCUUUCUCUGGCGUGCGGUCGACGCAAUGCCGGCUGAGUUCCAGCUGCUACGCGGCUCCGAGGAUUAG